AGAAGGCUGAAUAUCAUGAUUAUAUGACACAGCGAACACUGCUGCGGAAGGCGCACCUCUCAAGGUCUCAAGGAGGCAGGAGUAUAUAACGCAGGCGACACCACCACCUGUCACUUCCCGCUGCACAUCUCGCCAUGAAAAGCCAGGUCAUCGUUGGCGCCAUCGUGGCCGUCCUCUUCGCGCUGGCCGGCGCUGAGCCCGAGCCAGAGGCUGACCCCGGCUUCGCCUUUGGUCGCGGACAUGGCGGCGGCGGCUUCAGGGGUCGCGGUUUCAGCCGUGGCGGCUUUGGUCACCACUACGGCAAGAGGAGCGCUGACGCCGAUCCCGAGCCCGGAUUUCUUCACCGUGGCGGCCUUGGCGGCGGCCGUGCAUUCUCCGUCGGCCACAGCGGAUAUUAUGGUCACCAACUUGGCAAGAGGAGCGCUGACGCCGAUCCCGAGCCUGGCUUCCUUUCCUACGGCAGCCGCGGUGGUCACUUCGGCGGGGGUUUCAGCAGCUUUGGUUUUGGUGGACAAAGCAGAUACUACGGCUAGAAAUGUUGAUGCUGAUCCGGACUCCGCGAUUUCCUUUAUUACGGCGGCUGUCAGCUGGAGCUUCAGCACGAGGCAUCCGUUCUCUAGGAAACGAGGGUUACGGAUGAGGCUACAGAGGACACUGCUUUUGUAUCCGGCCUGAACCAAAGGGCAUAAAUAUCUAAAAUAUAUGAUACGUAAAAUA